AUCCACCCGGUCUCGUCAUGUGACCGUAGAAGAAAAAACAUGGCGGACGCAGAAGCAACGAAGUCUCUGAGCGGGCUGCUGAACGGAAUCGCUCAGAAAGUGUAUUAUAACAACAGCGACAUCACGGAGGAGCUGCUGAACACCGAGCUGUUCCCCGAGCUGACCCGGGACCAGUUCACGGCCCUGCACGACAAGAUGAGGGGCCUCCUGAAGUCCAUCGCCACAGCAGACAUGGACCACGCCCAGCUGGAGGCCUUCCUCACGGCCCAGACCAGGAGGCAGGGCGGCGGUGGGGUGACCGCCGAACAGGCCGCCGCCCUCUCUCGCUUCUGGAAGAGCCACCGAGCCCGAGUGAGGGAGAGCCUGCUGGCUCAGAGCCGCUGGGAGCCGGGCCUCAGGGGCCUCUCCUGGAGGGUGGACCUCCAGACCGGAGCCAGCCGGGGCGACGCAGCCCACAGCGGCCCGGUCGCCCUGGUGGAGCUGGAGCUGGGCAGAGCCGGACAGGACUCGGAGUUUGUGUGUCUGGAGUUUGACGAGGCCAAAGUCAACCAGGUGCUGAAGAAGAUGGCCGACAUCCAGCAGAGCAUCGACAGCAUCGUUCAGCGCUCGUAAAACGUUUCCCGUCAGACGGCAGAGGAACAGAGAGGUGUGACUCUGACCGGGAGACGACCGAGCGGCUGCAGAUGUCUCUUCACACACACGCUGUUCUGCUGGGUCGGUUUCAUCUCGUUCAGCGGCGACACACAGAAACGGGAGUCGUUUGGAUCUGUGUUGGCCACAGUGGAUCCAACAUGGCGCCUGCUUACAGACGAAGACUGGACCAACUGAAAUGAUUCUGGAGGAUCUGUUGAUGGACCAACAGUUGUUUUUGUUUUGUCUCUUAAAGUGUCUACGAGGAACUUUAAGUGUCUCUCUGAUUCCUCUGGUGAUUGUAAAUAAGCUGUAACAUCAAACCAGACCGUCAGCGAACAGACGGCUGUUUUUACAUAGUGAUUAUUAACAUCUGUGCUCGGGUCCGAUCACAUGUGUCACAUAUUAAUACAUCAUCCCAUAGCGAUCCAUCCUCUGGUCUCUCUGUCACUCAGCUUUAAAACAAACGCACACACAAGCCAAGAUCAUUACAGCAGCAUCAACAAAAACUGAAGGUUCCUCGUCGUCACUCGAAGCUUCUGUAAUUCAAAGUGCUGAAUUGUUUUACUCUUAUUUGCCAAAACUCCCAAUUCUCCCUGGAGACUCACAUUCCACUGGAUCACAUUUCUCCCAGUUUAUUUUUCACCCUUACUCCCUUUAAUAGAGGACAUGUUAAAUCUUGAAUAAAUCUGCUUUAUAAUUCCAAAAGUUAACCUCUGAGCUCUCCUCCCGUCAGUAAACGGCUUCGGAACAGAGAAGAAUCUGAAGUCACUGUUUGUUCCUCAUGUCACGACUGAGCUGCUGCUCCACGCUGCAGAUGUUUCCACAGAGAGCACGGAUUGUACCUUUAAAAUGAUUUGUUAUGGUAUGAUGGGAAAAAAAAACAAGUUGAGUUGUUUUUUCAUCUUUUCCUUCACUGGCUAUGUUCUGAAAUGAGGCGACAUCACUUCAGAAGUGGAUCUGACAUCCAGUAAUCUGAAUCAUAUAGACCUGGUUCAGAUCAGGACAUCAUGGUGAGCUGAUGAACUGUAUUUAUUUGUGCCAGUUAAGAUUAAAGCAGAAAAAUGGA